UUGUUUGGUUUUUGACAUAUACAAGUCUUCUUUCCUGAACUUUGAAGUUUGAGCUCAAGUCGAUUGAGUGGUGAGGGUUUGUUGCGAUCUUUUCGAGAGAACAAAAAUAUCAAAAUAAUAAUCAGUCAGCAUUAUUAUAGUAUGAGUAAUUGGCUGGGGUUUUCUCUGACUCCACACCUGCGAGUUGAUGAUGAAGAAGAAGCCUUUGGAAGAGAUGAAAAUCCCUCACAAGAUGAAAACGCUCAAGAGGGCUGUUUUCAGACUCCUAUUUCUAUCAUGCCUUUGCGUUCUGAUGGCUCUCUUUGUGCAUUGGAACCUUAUAGGCGCUCAAAUGGCACUGAUGAGUGGAGUAUGGAGACAGCAAACCCUACUGGGGAGGGUCCGAAAUUUGAAGAUUUUCUGGGGUGUUGUUACUCAAGUUCACCUCCGACUGAGCCUAAAGUUUACUGUCAAUCUGAACCUUGUGAAAUAAAUGUUAACAUGCCACCAAACUUGGAUACUUCUGAUGGAGGUGCUGACAGAGGAGAAACUUUCACAAACCCAUCUUCUUUUUUUCAACCAUAUCACUAUAGUUUAGUCCCAGCUGGUGGGCAGCUUGAAACCUGUGGUGCGAACCCUAGCCAUGCCGCUAAUGAUGUGUGCCAUGUAGCGUUUGAUAGUGCUGAAACUUCAGUUUCUGGGUUCAAGUCCUGGAUGCGCCAAACUCAGUUUCUGGCUGAGAAACCUCCAGCGGAGAACAGCAGUAAUUUUCAAGUUCUUUCUCUUACUAUGAGCCCCAGUUCCCAGCCGGGUCUGGCGGUGGGACCGCCGCCUUUGCACUUGGCUGCCGAUAGUAAGAAGCGGACAGUAGCCAAGUCUACUGCUGUUGGGGAACCUGUACCGCGUAAAUCGAUCGAUACUUUUGGACAAAGAACCUCUCAAUAUCGCGGUGUUACGAGGCAUCGAUGGACUGGAAGAUAUGAGGCUCAUUUGUGGGAUAACAGCUGCAGAAAGGAAGGACAAACGAGAAAAGGAAGACAAGGGGGUUAUGAUAAAGAAGAAAAGGCAGCUAGGGCUUAUGAUUUGGCUGCUUUAAAAUAUUGGGGUCCAACUACUCACAUUAAUUUUCCUUUAAGCGCCUAUGAGAAAGAGCUUGAUGAGAUGAAAAACAUGACCAGACAAGAAUUUGUGGCCCAUUUAAGAAGGAAGAGCAGUGGGUUUUCCAGAGGGGCGUCAAUGUACAGAGGUGUCACAAGGCACCAUCAGCAUGGGCGGUGGCAAGCUCGAAUUGGAAGGGUUGCCGGCAACAAGGACUUGUACCUUGGUACCUUCAGUACACAAGAAGAAGCUGCGGAAGCCUAUGAUAUUGCUGCAAUUAAGUUUAGAGGGACGAGUGCCGUGACCAAUUUUGAAAUAAGUAGGUACGACGUGAAGAGGAUUUGCUCAAGUUCAACCCUUGUUGCAGGAGACCUCAUCAAGCGUUCCCCUAAGGACUCGGGUCCAUCUUCCCUCGUGGAAUACAAUUCUUGCGCAUCAAUGGCCUCUUCUCCAGCUCUUCUCCCUAUUACAAAUGGAGAGCCUAGCAAUGAAUUGACAGAGAUGAUGUGGAAUGCUGGCACUGAUGAGCCUCUGCAGAACCAGGUUGCUGUGAAUACUAAUGAACAAUUGGCUGGAUCGACCAGCAGGAACUCCUCCAGCCUGCAAGGUCUGAAUGGACCAGUCUCGGAUUCAGCCAGAAUGGAUGUGGAGUUUGGAGGUGGUGCAAAUUAUCCUCAAGCAUAUUUCCGGUUACAAGGGGAGAAGUACGACGACGAGGGGACUAGUGCGAGUGAUCCAAAUUCUGAAUGGGUAAAUCAGGUCCCUUUGUUUGCACUCUGGAAUAACUGAAGAAUAUUGGUUGCAGAAUUGGAAACCUGGAAAAAAAAAUGAUUUGGCUUAGAUUUACACAUUUCAUCAAUGGUAGAAUAAUGUUCGCUUAGAAGUUUUAGCUACUCUGCUAGGCAGGUUUCAUCAUGAAUGGUAGUUAAGUGAAAUUCUAGAGUUCAUCUGUUUUGUCUGUACGGUUUUUGAUGACCUGAAAGAAAGAGAACCAACGAGAAUUUUGUUUAGUGGCGAGUCUGUCUUCAUUUUGUUUCCAACGUUUCUUUUCUGCUCUCCAUUUAUUAAAAGAACAGAAGUAAUUUUCCAAAGAAGAUGGAAUGUCAAGUAUCUUCUAGUCUUCUUUCCUUGUCAAAAUCUACCUAUUGUUGCCUAUA